AUGUCGGGCGUCUUGAACCGGUGGAAGGUUGCGGUCCAAGCCGCGGCCUUUGACGUCGGGACGUCGGUCUCGGGCGUCGUCUCGACGGCUGUCCUCGGCGAGGAGUACGAGAAGAACUACGAGUUUCCUCGCGACAGCACGGCGAGCGGUGGCCACGAGCUCCUCUGGAAGAUCUACCCGGCGGUCUCCAAGAAGACCGGCGCCGAAGUGAGCCUCUUUGUCUUUGACAAGCGCGAGCUCGACAAGGUGCACAACAAGGAGCGCGUCUUGGACGUGCUGCGCCAUGACAUGAAGACGCUCCGCUUGCUGCGCCACCCGCAGAUCCUCAAGAUCGAAGAGGUCUUUGACGAGUCGCGCAAGACGCUCUCGUUUGUGACCGAGCGUGUCACGUGCUCGCUCGGAAACGCAUGCAAGAACUUCACCAACGUCCUCAACGUGACGCCCGAAGUGCUGGAGAUUGGUCUCUCGGAGUUUGAGAUCGCGUGCGGCCUCAUGCACAUUGGCGAGUCGCUCUCGUUCUUGCACCGCGAAGGCCGGCGCGUCCACCUCGGCCUCUCGCCGAACGCGAUCUUUAUCACGCCGAAAGGCGAGUGGAAGCUCGGGGGCAUGGGCUUUAGCCGCAUCGUCGAGCCGGGCUCGACGUCCCGUAGCGAGUACUAUGCAUCCGGGCACGCCGAGCCGAUCAAGAAGGGCGAGAAGCUCCUGAGCUACGAGCCGCCGCUCGAGUAUUGCGCGCCCGAGCUCGUGAACGAGCCCCGAACGUUUGACGCGCACGCGGACGUCUUCUCGCUCGGCCUCCUCGUGCUCGAGCUCUUCUCGCCGCCCAAGCCGGAUGGCAGCCACGAGCCCGUGCUCGGGUAUCUCGAAGGCAAGGUCAUGACGCACGGCUACAAAACGCAGUCGCUGCACCCGAUCUCGUUUAACCCGACCGUGCCCGUGACGCUCCACAACACGAUUCGGACGCUCUUGCAGCUCUCGCCGUCGUCGCGCAUUGAGGCGCGGGCGUUCCUCUCGUCGCCGUUCUUUGAUUCGGGGCUGGUCAAGACGCUGCGCACGCUGCAGACGCUCGUCGAGCAGGACCCGGCGUCGCAGGCGAAGUUUCUCUUGGCGCUCCCGGACGUCCUCUCGGGCUUUUCCCCCAAAGUACUCCGGGACCUCGUGCUUCCCGGUCUUCAAAGCGUCGUCAUCAACCCCGCGAUCGCGCCGUUUGUGAUUACGCCGCUGCUCAAGAUCGUCUCGAUGGUCGACAAGACGACGUUCUCGCGGCACAUUGCGCCCAUGAUGGUGCCGCUCUUGACGAUUGCCGAGCCAGUCCAGUGCAUGCUCAUGUUUGUCGAAAACCUCGAGGCUCUCAUCCCGAAAGCAGAGGAUGGCUACAUCCGCGACCACAUUGUGCCUAUGCUCUGCCGCGCGCUCGAUUCGAGCGUGCCCGAGAUCCUCGACAAGGUCCUCAACAAGAUUGUCGACCAAGCGAGCCUCUUUGAGUACCGCAUUCUCAAGCAAAUCAUCCUGCCGCGGGUCAUUCGGCUCAUUUUGGACCCGCCCCAGCUCUCCGUGCGCGUGAACGCACUCCUCUGGCUCGCCAAGUCCUUCCAUGUGUUUGAUAAAGACCUCCUUGUCGAGAGCGUCAUGCCGUGCCUCGCCGAGUGUUUGGCCAAAGACAAGACGCCCGCCGUGUGCAUGUGUAUUCUUGGCUGCUACGACAACCUCGGCAAGCACCUCGGACCCGAGUACAUGGCCAAGCUCGUGCUACCCGCGGUCUCACCGCUGCUCUGGGAGAAGAACCUCAACGGCGCGCAGUUCGACAUGGUCUGCGAACGCGUGAACGCGAUGCUCAAAGAGAUCAUUUCGGAGCGGGAGAAGGCCCUCAUGGCCGAGUCGGGGCUUCAAACCCAGAGCGUCGCGACCUCGGGCUUUGGCGAGACGGUCCGCGCCGUCGAGCGCAACAAAGAGAAGGCCUCGGGCAUGGCCGCUGUCAACUCGAUGCUCCAAGACGAGUAUGUGCCCAAGGCGCCCGAGGCGGCGCAAAAGCCGUCGGAUCCGGCGCCGUACUCGGACGCUCGGCCGUCCACGUACUCGGACCGCAGCAGCACGAGCAGUCGCGACGACCCGUUCAUCCUCAACGGCGGCGGCCGGUCCGCGGCGACGCCGCCGAAAGAAGCCCCGAGCGAGAGCUACGCCGAGCGGCGGCGGGCCAAGAAGGCCAACCGACGUACGAGUGCGUCGGUUGACGCGCCGACCUCGGACUUGCUCGAGAUUGCAACGGUAGCCGCUCCGGCAUAUGGCAACGCUCCGAGCGCGGGCCUCGCAGGUCUCUCGUUGGCGCCAGCACCGGCACCGGGUGGCAACAUGUUUGCUGGUCUUCAACCCUCGAGCUACGCCCCGUCGUCGUUUGCGGCAGCGCCCCCGUCGAGUGGGUACGGCGGCACCCCGGGGUAUGGCCAGAACACGGCCGUCUCGGCGUUCAACGGCGCGCCGUUGCUGGCCGCGCCGCCGGUCGCAGCUCCGAGCUACAACAACAACAGCAAUGGUAAUGCGGGCGGAUAUGGCAACCAAUUCGGCGCGCCUCCGCCCGCCGCGCCCGGGUACGGCCAGCCGCAGCUCGGGUACGCCAACAACUAUGCGUCGACGCCGUACGGGAACGCGGCGCCGCAGCAACAACAACUGUACGCGAGCUACACUGGCCACCACCCGACGACGCAAGACGAUGGCAACAAGUUUAGUGCCUUUGAUGGCUUGUAAUUCGGAAAUCGAGACACCACUGCACCAAACAUCG